UAUUGUAUAAAGAUUAGUAACUUAGCCACAAUGGUGCAGGAUGUCUCCAAAAUGUCUCAUCCUUUUCUUUCAGCUACCGUUGAUAUAAAUCAUGAACUAUCUGCAUCAACUGGCUCAGAGAACACUAGUAAUUGGAAAUUUAUCAGGAAUUUCUUCUCACAAUGGACUUUAGUCGGUUACUUAUCAUCAAAACCAUAACCAGAAUUUGGCUGUUUACCCACCGAAAUCCUUCUCGAGAUUAUUAUGUCAGCCUGGAGGGUGAACUGGAAAGGGUAAAUCAAAAUCUAAUCGCUCUGUCACGGGUAUCCUGGCGCUUGAGAGACAUCGUGACUCCCUUCAUCUACACACACAACGCGAAACAUAUGGGUAGCAGUGGACUCCGAUGGGCGAUUUACCAUCGGGAUCGAUCACUUAUAGAGGAGCUGAUUAGUCGUGGAGCAAGUAUAUCCUCAAAGAAAGCCGGUUAUCCACUGUCUAUAGCUGCUAAGAGAGGGAAUGCUGACACGCUGGUAUUUCUGUUGACGAAUGCUGGCAAAGGCGAUAUAAAAGAGGCUCUUUCACAAGGCAUAAAUGAUAUUGGAGAUACCGUGUUGCAUUGGAUAAUUUUUUACGCUGAUGUACCAUGUGUCAAGGCGCCUUUGGAAGCAGGUGCUGAUACGAGUAUCAUGAACUCAAGACAUCAGCGGCCAGUUGCGUUUAUACUCAAAGAUCCACGAGUAGACCUUGUGGGUCCCUAUAUAGAGGUCGUAAAUCUCCUGCUUGCCAAGAACUAUUUAUGGCUUAUUGGUGAAGUGCAUUGUGAAGAUGAAAACAAUUUCGAGUUAUACUGGAGCUGCGACAAGCCGAUUUCAAUUACAGACCAGGACGAAACCAAACUGCAUACAAUUCGUCUUCAGCGCGAUAUAAUCCGCGCACUGAUUGAGAAUGGAGCUGACGUCGGGGCAGGAGAAUACUCAUGCAAAGCAGAGGACUACUACUUCUACUGUUUUGCUCCUAUGAGGUUCUUGAAAACUGCCGAGUAUUAUAUUCUCGAUCUGUUGAACACGACCAAGCUCUCUCGGUCUCCGGGACCCGACGACUUUAAAAUGAUUAUCGUUUCAGAUAAGGAAGACCCUCACGUACCCCUGCUAUCGGAAGUUACAGGUAUGGUGACUUGCGGUUCAGACUCUGCUGGAGACGAGAGUAUGCAAAUCUUCGAAGUUUUGCAAGAGACUUUUCAGUUACUUGUGGAAAAUCUGAAAGACGACCUAGUGAAUAUAGCUUGUGGUCGAGACUCUAGGACGCUGCUGCAUCGGGCUGCCACGAUUCCUGGAAUUUUUGGGAUGUGUGCCACCGUCAUAUUACUUGAGCACGGGGCCAGAAUGGAUAAAGAAGAUGAAUUUGGGAGGAGUGCACUGGAGUGGGCGAGCGAACAGGAUCGGAACCGAGCUGCUGUUUUUAUGAUGCAGCGUUGGCUGGAAGAGAAGCCUGCAGCACUGCGAAUUUUCCAUAGAAGUGUCGGAUUAGAUACCGCAUAA